CCACAACAUUUCUAUAGGAUUUUGGGAAUAAUAUGUGGGACAUCGCGUUGCUUUUAAAAGAGUAGAUAUUUUUAUUUAAUGUAUAAAGGGGAAUUUAAUUAUUAUUUAUUUUAAUAAUUAUUACACAUGUAAUAAGUGUUUUUAUAAUGGAUCCUCGUUUACAUAGACGGCCUGAGCCAGAAAAAGAACCCUCCGAGUUGGUGAUUGAAUGGAUCAAUGAGGCAUCAAUAUCUUCCGAUGAAACUACCAAAGUAACAAAUCUCUGCAAAUUACAAGAGGUUGUUAUUAAUAAUAAAGAUUCCCAAUUGUUACAUAUUUAUUUGGAAGAAAUUUUACAAUUUUCUUUGGAUAGACAUGCGGAAGUGAGAAAAGCUGUUAGUGGAUUUAUAGAAGAAGCUGGAGAAAAGCAACCCGAGGUCAUUCCACGUUUAGUACAAACACUUUCGAGAUUAGUGGCUGACGAUGCACCGGCUGUCGCAAAGAGAGCUCUUAGGACAAGCGGUAGAAUCCUUAGAGCCACCUUAAAAUGGGUUGCAAGUGCUCCGAUUGUUACUUCAGAUAUGGAAACAGCUUGGACACAACUUAGCAAGCUCAAAGUUCAGAUUAUAAACAUGAUUGACAGCGAUAAUGAUGGAAUUCGAACUCAGGCCGUGAAAUUUCUCGAAGGAGUUGUUUUAAUUCAAACCUAUCCAGAUCCAGAUAGUCCAAAAAAGCCCGAUGAUUUUUCACUUGAAGAUGUUCCAUUGACAUUAAAAAUUGCACGUCGACGAAAAUUGGAAGAAGAAGCAAAUCACGUUAUGGAUCUUUUAAUUAAAUUUCAUGGAUCACCUCACGUUAGUAGCGUGAAUUUAAUGACAUGCAUGGGAUCAUUGGCACUUGUUGCCAAAACAAGACCUCAAUUCAUGUCAAACGUUAUUCAAGCCUUACAGCAUUUACAACACGAUUUGCCGCCAACAUUAUCGGACUCACAAGUUACAAGUGUACAAAAACAAUUGAAAUUAACUCUUCUUGGAUUAUUAAAACAUCCGGCAAGUGUUGAAUUUGCUCAAUCAAUAGCAAAACAAUUGACACAACUAGGAGCAAAGGAGCAAGAAAUUAUUAAAGCUUAUCCUAAACCAGAGGAUAUUCGAAGAAUGAAAAAACGUUUACAAGAAAAUGCAGCGAAUUCGGCGGCAAAACGUGCAAAACUAGAUCCACCAAUUAUUCCCGUAGAAGAACUGGAACCCGUUCCCCUUCCAGUGCCGCCUCCAAAAAUGCCGGAUUUAGUUGAACUCUCUGAAAGUUUUAUCGCCGAACGUCUCAGCGUUGAAAUUGCUUCUGAUCUCGUUAUGGAUAGUAUGGCUUGGGUUCCCGAUACAAUGACGAAAAUUUUUCAACGGGAAUAUCAACCAACAGCAACGACAGACAUUAUUAUUCAACGACAAACAAUUGCCAAAUUGCUUGCAACUCAAAUUAAACAAGCCAUCGUUAAGAAGAACAAGAAAGAUUCAAAAGAUGAAGACGCGGUUAUGGAGGAUUUGAUAAAAAAUCCUACCAUCACUGUUGCCGAGGCGAAGAGAGAACGAAAACGCGAGAAGGACAGGGAAAAGGAGAAGGAGGCAAAGGCUUCAUUAGAAGCGCAUGAGAAGUCUUUGGCUAAAGCAAGAAGUCGAUUGAAGGCCUUAAAGUUUUCCGAAGUCACGAAACCACUCAGUCGGAAUGUUAAAGAGAAUAUGUUAUUGAUGGCAGUGCACAGAAUAUUAAACGCCGAAAAGGUCGCUGUUCUUGGCGGUGUAUCCGAAGUUAGAGCAAAGAUUUUAACGACAGUCGCAGCGACUUUUAAUCCGGAUAUUCGAAGAUCGGUUCUUCAAUAUAUCACAGAUGACGUUAGAUCACGAUUAGAUUUGGCCUUGGGUUGGCUGUAUGAAGAAUACGCUUUAUUGCAAGGAUUUCAACGGAGAACGACUUUGUGUUCAAAACCUCAGGAAGCGCCACAUCAACCUUAUAAUUCUCUUUUUUGCACUUUAGUGCACGCUAUUAAUGCAGUUCCUGGACGUGAUCGUGAUUUACUACUAUCUAGGAUUUAUUUGGAAGCACCAUCGAUCACGGACGAUGCUAUUGAGGCUCUUAAAAUGGUUUCAUUGGAAGAGAAUCGGGGAUUAGCGCCUUUGAAUCUUCUAAAAGAACUGAGCAUUCGACGGCCAACGAAACAUUUUAACUUUUUAAAUGUUAUUUUGUGCCAUACUGGACACGAGAGCAAUACGAUUCGUGAGACAGCUAUCAAUUUAGUAGUGGAAUUACACGGUCGACCAGAAUUAAAAGUUAUGAUUGGAGAGUAUGCCAUGCUUUAUUUAGGUUUUCUAAGAUUGCAAAGUCCUCCGGAAAUUGUUUUCGGAAUAGAUCGUGGUCGACCAAAUUUAAGUGAAAAAUGGACAGAAUCAACAACUAAAGCUUGUCUUGGACUUUAUCUUGCCCUCUUGCCUGAACAACAAAUUUUGAUUCACGAAUUAGCGAGAGUUUACACUUCAAUGGGAGCGGAUGUAAAAAGAAUAGUUCUACGAUUAGUGGAAAGUCCAGUAAGAUUAUUAGGUAUGGCAAGUCCACAAUUAUUGGCUCUUGUUGAAAAUUGUCCAAAAGGAGCUGAAACUUUGGUGACGAGAAUUAUUCAUAUUCUCACAGAGAAAGCUGCACCAAGUACCGAAUUGGUACAAAGAGUUCGUGAACUUUAUCAAACACGUGUAUCGGACGUGCGAUUUCUUAUACCAGUUUUAAAUGGUCUAACAAAAACAGAAGUUAUUGCUGCCUUGCCCAAACUUAUCAAACUCAAUCCCAUUGUCGUGAAAGAGGUAUUUAACAGGUUACUAGGAACUCAUAAUAACGAAAGUGGAGUUCCACAUACAUCCCCAGUUACACCCGCUGAAUUAUUGAUUGCUUUGCAUACGAUUGAUCCCGCCAAAGCUGAACUGAAAACUGUUAUUAAAGCAACAUCAUUGUGUUUCGCUGAGAAACAAGUUUAUAGUCAAGAAAUAGUUGCAUUGGUGAUUCGAGAACUAGUGGAAAUAACGCCAUUGCCAACAUUGUUGAUGCGAACAGUAAUUCAGAGUUUAUCACUCUAUCCGCGUUUAAGUGGUUUCAUUAUGAAUAUUCUCCAACGUUUGAUUGUCAAACAAGUGUGGAAAUAUCCAAAAGUUUGGGAAGGUUUUGUGAAAUGUUGUGAACGAACUCAACCUCAAAGUUUUGCAGUUAUUUUGCAAUUAACUCACGUGCAAUUAGCUGAUGCUUUGAAAAUGAGUCCAGGUCUUAAAAAACCUUUAUUGGCGCAUAUUGAUGCAUUUACUGAAAAUCAGAAAUCACAUAUUCCAGUGUUAAAAAUGGAUGCAAUACGAGGUACUGUGCGUGAAGACUUUUCUCGCGGGAAUCCACACGACAAUUUCGAUAUUGCCCCACCAGGAGAUUUUCCAAUAGAGGAAAAAAUGGAGACUGAUCCCUCAGAACCGGCACCUCCAGGAUUAGAUUGAUUUCAUUUUAAAUGUUAUAUACGCAUAAAAAAUAAUUCGAAUAUCGAUAACAAUUUUUCGAUAAACAAAAACACUAAAUGCCAUUAUAACACCAAUCUAUUUUCUAUAUUUUAUUAAUUUGAAAUGUGAAAUGCUCUAUUCAUAAAAAAAAUAUCUACAUUUCUUUUAUAGUAAAUUCAAUUCAUAAAUUAGUAAUUGAAUUUGGUUCAACAUUAAUGAGAAAGAAAAACAAAACAUAUUUUAUGAAUUUAGACACUAGAUAAAAUAUUGUAAAAAAAUAUAUUUAUUAUAAAAUUAAUGAACAUUCGAUUGUAAACUUAAGAAUUGUGUGUAUCUUGUUACACAAUGAUAUACAAUGUUACAUUUUUUAAACUGUAGUUUUUGUUUAAUUUCAUUUGGCGAAAAGUAUUAAAAAAAAAAAAAACCGGAAUAUUGAAAAUUGAACUAUCUUUUUUAAACUGAGCAAAAAAAAAAAAAAAAAAAAAAAAAAAAAGUUU